UUCUACUAGCCGCCAUUUUCGCGUUAAGUUUUUGAGAGCGAGAUAGAACGUUGUGUGUAUAUUUAGCAUGUAUGCAUUUUCGGAAUGUUUCGGUAUUUAAAAUGUGUGUUAUGAUAAGUGCUUAUUGUGCUGAUUGAUGUGCAUCGGAACAAAAUGGAAUAAUAAAUUUGAAUAAAGCACCAUCAGCGAUAUUGCUUGAACCCAAUGGCUGAAAAUGAUAAGGGCUUCAAAAGCAGAACCAACAAUGUAUCGAACACAUUCCAAGAAGCAGCAAUCGUUCAUCAAUCUCCGAUUUCCGCACAUACAACCGGGAUAGUACCUUUACCUCUGGGAAGCAGGGGUCCUAGAAGUCUUUAUUUAAAGAGGCAUGGUGGCUCUUUUGGAUUCACAUUACGCCAUUUCAUCGUGUAUCCCCCAGAUGGAAUCGAGACGUCUUUGGACAGACAAGCAGCGGCUGUUGGUGCUCUCAACAAGCCGAUGGACACGAUUUUCGUAAAGAACGUGGCUGCUAGAGGUCCCGCACAUUUGUCUGGUUUGCAAAAGGGUGACAGGAUCGUCGCUGUAAACGGCGUCCCAGUUGUCGACAGGAGUUACGCUCAGGUCGUUCAUCUCAUCCAACACGGUCCCGAUUAUUUGCAUCUUCUGGUUGUUCCAAAAGAGGAAGACGUGUUACAAAAGUUUUUCGCCGACGCUGCUCAUAAUCCGAUCAGCAAUCAGUUGCCCAAACAGCAACAGGAGCAGCUUAUCUAUCCGCAUCUCAAUCCCAAUCCGUAUCACGAUUCGCACUUUCAAGUCGACGUGAACUCGUGGAAGUCUCUGCAGGAACCGACGUACACUUCUAUAGACUACGAUAGGUUAGGACGUCAAAACAUCUACUCGAGAACUCCUCAUCAGCUGCAGCAGCAUCAACAACAAGUGAUUAGAAAUAAUUCCCGCGAACAGCACUCCCAUAAGAGACCUCCCCAAGAACAUCAGAAACAUAUCUAUGCCGAACUUUGCCCCGAUGACUCCAUCCAGAGGCCGAAGGCGCAACCCCAGGUGCCCCUUUACAGGAAAAUGGGUCGACGGGCCAGCGAGGGUAACGUGCUCUACGAUCCGGACUAUUGCGAGAAUCCCAGAUUUGUGAACGGAAAUGAAAUGGCUGUAAAUAGUUUAAGAACUAAAUGUGACAGUGUUGUUAAUAAUACGACUAGCACGAUGCCGGUGGCCAGUUACGUGAAUUCGGCAGCCUACAGGCUCAGUCUUGACGGAGGUCGAAGGGAAUCGUCCUCUUCACUCGGCUCGUCAUUUGCCGAUGGCAGCAAAGACAGUUUGAGCUCGUUCGAUUCCACAUCGACCUUAACGGGUCAUGAAACGGACGAUUCGGUGAUAAUGAACCGUUUGAGGAGGAACUUUCAGCAGAAAGAGGAGUUCCUUAGGAGCAAACCUAUCGAAGUAAUCCAACGAGAGUUUUACGGGAGGCCGAAGAAACUGGAAAAACCCAUGUGGCCUCCGAACGAAACCGAUAAACAAAACAUGAACUCCCAAAAAAAUAAAAUGGACGUAGACAAAGAGUUGGAUUAUAUUACGUCUACCAGGAAUGGUGGUGGUGGUGGUAAUAUCAGUAGUUAUCCUCAACAGAAAGGAGUUACGUCUCCUAAAGAAAAUUUGAGAUUCACCCCAGAAAGUGCCAAGCCUCAGGAAGGGUCAGUAGCACCCACAGGUCUGAUGGACAGUUCAACAGGAGCCCAAGAAUCUGCAUCCACUAACGAGUGCAUCGAAACAGACAAAAGAAUGCCUCUCCCAAAUCUCCAAAUGGUGUCCAAACGUGCCAAACAGUUCGAGUCGGGCAAGCCGUUGCCCGAAGACGACCCCAUGGCAAACGACCGCACCAGCUUCUACAAAAGUGAACUGGCACGGUUGAGCAACAAGCGCGUGGUCCCUAACGUAACAGACCGUGCUCACGAGUUCGAGUCGAGGGCUUCGUCCCUGGAACCGCGAAGGGAUCCAAGCGGCAGCUCGACCAAUUCGUUCGCCUCGACCAAAACCACCAGCGAAAAUAGAAGGGUGCAUAGGGACAGUCGGUCGUUAGAAAGCUCAGGAAGUACGACAAGUGUUUGCAGUGACGCAUCGCAAAAGCUUUCGGGCAACGUGUCAAUACCCAUCGGGGGUAAAUAUAUUCAUGUACCACCGCCAGCAGAUUAUGUUCAGAAAGAUGUGCCGGAUGUAGAGAACAGUGUAACUCGACAACAUAUGCGUUCGAAUUCGGCAGACUCGUGGGCCUCGGCGGUAGAGGAGCUGCCCCCCUUGAGCAAGUCCGAAUCACUUACGAAACAAGCGCAAGAGAAAGUAAGCAAAACGAUACAGGAAGCCAUGGAGGGUAUGCCAUCGUUGAUACCGAAAUCACCCCCGAUCGACAAGUUCCUGACUCCUCAAUCUCCGCCCCCUCUCAUACCAGAACCGGUCGAAGAUAUGCACACUUCCUCCCAACCGUCUUCGCCCAAAUCCCCCCCAAUUCGUCCUAACCAUCUGACCCUACCGUUCCCCGUUAGGCCUGCCAGAAAACACGGAUCUGCUUCGACCCGAUCAUUAUCUCCAGCCUACUUCCCCAAUUCAGAUCAGCCCGUAGUUUUAAGAAGGAAAAAACACAACGAUCUUACUGACGAAGACAAAAUUGUCAGAAGAGAGUCGUACCUGAAAGCGACCGGUAGUGGGAGGAUGUACGUUGACGAGGACGAGGACAAUGCAUCUCCUAUCUCACACAGACAUGCCCAUAGAAAGUGGCGUCCUCCCCUGUUUCCCGGGGACAUUCAGCAACUUCGCAAGCUUUUCGAAGAAGCUGCUUCAUCUCUUGGAGGCAGCACGAGUGAAGGCAGCAGUGGCAACGUGUCGCUCGAGAGGGACAAAUCGUCGUAUCCGAGCAGCCCCUUAGACAAAGACAGGGUAAUCAAAGAAGGCCCUUUGCAGUGUAAAAUUGCAGAAAUUGAUGGCAAGCGUGCUGCAGAUAGGUCGUGGAAGCAGGUUUGGGCUGUACUACGAGGACCUAGGUUGUACUUCUACAAGGAAAGGAACCAUCAGAGUCCAUCCGAUUCCGCCGAUCAAACGUUAUCGAACGGCGUGGACAUGAGAGCGAGUUGCGUGCGUGUCGCAGAAGACUACACCAAGAGGAAGCACGUCCUCCGGGUGUCCUCGGCAUUACCGUGCCGCUCAGAGAUUCUGCUCCAGGCGGACAACACACUCGAUCUGGCCGAUUGGGUCAAAGCGCUCCAGGAGCAAGUGGCAGCGACGACAGAUGUUGAAGAAAAAAUUGAUCCUCUGUCAUCUCCUACAAAGCAACAGGCUGUGCCGCAACAAGUGCCCGCAUCCACAACGAUCCAAGUGCAAGGAUCAAGCCAGUCGCCGGUUAGCAAGACUCGCAAGUCCUUGUCGCAUUCGGCCAUUGACGGAAGUGGAGGUGCCGUUGGGCCCGUCAGUCCGAAACCGAAGACUUGGCGGGGGCGCAUGGUCAAGCAAAUCCGUAAAAUACAAGGCGCGAGUUCGCCCAGCUCCCCCGUAGCUCCUGAAGGAUCAACUUUUGGAGUUCCCCUGGAACAGUGCUAUCCUUCCUACAGGAACCAGUAUAUUCCGCGGAUAGUGGAAGUGUGUACCGAAAUUGUUGAGAAUAAGGGUUUAGAAACCAUAGGAAUUUACAGGGUCCCUGGUAACAAUGCAGCAAUCACGGCUCUUACCAAUGCAGUCAACCAGUGUUACGAUGGAGUUCCUUCUUCAGACUCUCACUGGAAUGAUAUACAUGUAGUAAGCAGUCUCCUGAAAUCGUUCUUUAGGAAAUUACCGGACGCUCUACUAACGAAACUACUUUAUUCCAAGUUUAUAGAAGCGGACAAGAUUGAAAAUCCCUAUCUGCGCAUGCAAGAACUUAAAAAAGUCGUUAAUCAGCUUCCACCUCAUCAUUACCACACACUCAAGCAUCUAAUGCUCCAUCUGAAAAAAGUCACGGACAAAGGGCAUAUCAACAAAAUGGAAGGCAAAAACUUGGCCAUCGUUUUCGGCCCAACACUGUUUCGUACUUCAGAAGAUGACAUGGCCACCAUGGUCAAUGAUAUCAAUCAUAAUUAUAGGAUCGUCGAAUCCCUGAUUUGCCACGCGGACUGGUUCUUUUCGGAAGAUCCGUCGGUUCCUUUAAAUUUAGGCAUGACCUCCGUACCAACAGAAGAAACGCAGACUGAAUCUGAAAUGGCAUCCAGCAAAGCUCUUUUGUUGGACAACAUAAGCAAAAUUGAAAAUCUUAAAGACCAAAAAGAAAAGAAGGAAAUUCUAUCAUCCAUUAUAUCAGCAGCUCAUCGGAAAGUAAUGAGGAAAACGAUGAAAAGCGUCCCGAGUUCUCAAGAAAUGAAAGAAGACUCUACCACUACUGAAAACAAAGAAUUUACAUAUCAAAGUAACGUUCCUUCGGUUUUAAAGGAGAAUAAUCCAUCUGCAGAGACCAAAACCCGGGCUCAUAUUAUUCCGACUACUGUAGUGGAUAUGGAAAAACCUCCCCUCACGUCAUCCUCAAGUCAGUCGGAAAAAGUGCCGUGGUUCAAUUAUUCUGCAGAUCAAGAAAAUUUCCGUCGUCGCAUAGAAAACUUCAUUCAAGAGACGCAAGCGAAUCUGCAACGUUCCCGGAAAACGGAACUUUACGCUAAUCCAAGCCUGGAAAACUUCCUGGCCAGUUUACCAGGAUCCAAUUUUUCCUCUGCUGGUUCGAACUCGAUAUACACGGUGCCGGCAGGCAACGGGGUACAAUACGAAAACGUACCUGUGGGUGGAAUGAAAAUUAACGGCUCCGAUGUCCUAAAGAAUAAAGGGGGUGUGUAUCGUGUGGGAGGGAGCAAUAUAAACAAUAAUAACAACGACAAUGUGACUGGGCGACAAAGGAUCACAAGUUCGAUGGAAAACGUUCACAGGGCCGUUAUAGAAGCUGCAAGUAACAGUGCAAAUGCUAACGUGAAGAAAAUUAGAUACGGAAAUGAGAAUGACCUUAAUCAAAGGUCAGGAUCUCUAGAUUCCAUUCACAAGAUUAAUUGUACAGAUGAAGGUAACGACCUUCAAGCAUCUAUAAUGGAAAUAUUCGAUAAAAAGAAGAAGAUGUUGAAUCCUCUAGCAGCAAACGACGACCAGGUCCACGACACUCCUAAAACUCAGACUACCUGUAAACAGUUACGUGACAGUUCUCAGCUGGUGUCCCCCAGUUCACCAAAACUCUAUCGCAAUCCCAGUCUACACAAGAGUGUCCUUGCAGCUGCGUUUAAUAUUAGCGAGCUUCCAAACGAUAAAGACGACAAGUCAUCUAAAGAGAGCGAUGUCGAAGAAAAAGAUAAGGACUCGACAGAUGGUAUCCCGGAUAACGAUAAGGAUAUUACGAAAAAGAAAAAAUGCGCAAAUUUUGAAGUUAACGCUUCAAAAUUAAAACGUUCGGAGUCGUUGAAUAAACCAGAGCGUAGCUCUAGCGUUUCUGUACCAGGCAGUAAGCUGAAAAGGUCGGAAAGUUUAAAUAAAACUCCUUCAGAGCGAUCUAAGAAGCACGAAAGUCUUACCAAACAUGAAAAGACCGAAAGUAAUUUAAACAAGAGACGCGAACAGUUGACCCGACGGGGAAAUAAGGAGGUUACAAAACUUAAACGGAAAAAUGGCAUGCCUGAAAGAUCGAUUAAACGAAGACACACAGUGGGGGGCACCAAAGAUUUCGACAAAGUCAGUUGGCUGGAUAACAGACAUCAACAAGAAAAAUCGGAUGCUGAAAGAGACUCUAUUACAGAGAAAACGUCAUCUUUACGUACCAGCUCUCCAGAUCUCAGUUCGACAAGACGUGAGAGGCUCUUUUUCGAAGUGAGUCUCGUAGGACCCGAAAAUAUGGUUGUCGCAUUGAGGCAGCAUCUUAUUGGGGCGCGACCUCAAAGUCUACCUGAGCCUACGAUGUUCACCGUGCCUCUGGAAUCUCACGUAUAAAAGGUAGGCCUUGUAUCAGGUCCUUUUCGUAUUUCAUUCCGUUUUGUUGUCUAUUGUCCGGAACAGCGAUAUAUAAGGAAAACUGAUGAUGCCUUUAAAUUUCAAAAGAGUGAAGCUAAACAUAUAUCAUAUAUAUGUGUGUAAAUGUAGCUUAAUCAAUAAGAAAUCGUUUUGCACUAAUAGAAUUUGUAGCUUUAAAAGUUUCGCAAGUCUUCGAUUAAUAUUUAUUGG